GGUGGAUUUAGGAUUAGGAGCAUUUGAAACCCCUUAGCGCUUUCCCACGUCUAAACCAGUUUUUUUCCGAGUUUUCUUCCCCUAAAAAAAAUUCCUUCACCAUGAGCGGCUAAUCAGCCGUCUCAUGGGCUCUGAUGGCAAAAUCAUACAUGGUUCUUACGAUUUUCUGCUACUAAUUGAGAUUUGGGUCUGUUAUUAUCAAAGCUAGACUUUUUAUUGGGAAUUAUGUUAGUGGAUAGAGGAAAAGUAGAUUUGUUUAUGGAGUCACAAAAAAGAAGAGAUUUGAUGUCGGACUCAGCUUUUGCUUAAUCCAAAAUUCAGACGGUUGCUUCCGAUUUCAUCCUUGGGUCAGUGGAAGCAGAUGAGAAAAUAACACAACUUGCAAAACAAGUUCAAAAGCCUUGGGUGCUAAUUGAUCCUGAAUCCGGGAGAAAAACAAGGAGACAAUAAUUCGAGCUCUAGCAGCAAGGCUUUCGUUACUCAAGUUAUCGAUUCUUUGGGCCUCAAAGAUGCGGGAUAUGAAGAAGCACCAUCUACUUGGUCAAAUAACAGAAGCGGAGAUGCUAAUAUCUGCGAAAGGAUUGAUACAGCUUUAAAUUUCUUACCAGUGGAUUCAGAUCUUCCGUAACACAAAGGUUCGACAGGGAAAAAGCGCGGCAUACAAAGAAGAACAAAGGUUUCUUCUCCCUCAAAUAAUUAGGGUUUAUCUUCUAUGGCGAGUACAGCAGCUGCCAUCGACCAAGCUGCAAACCCUAAGUCUGUCGAUGAGUCUCUCUGGUGGGAUUCUUUUGCCAAUCUCAUUGAUGAACUCGAAAACGCAUCUGAUCUUUCCGAAAUUCCUUCCUCUCUGGUAAAGAAAUUGAAGAGCAAUCAUGUGUGGUUCUUGGAUACUGUUUCUCUCUUUAAACCUCCGAAUCAGAAGUCGAAGACGGCUUUGGAUUGUAAUCAAAUUAAUGUGGGAUCUAAUAAAUUGAUUGUGCGACCUGAAUUGAAAGAUGUAGCUCUACAAGUUAGUCAUUGUCUGGGUUUAGAUGAGGUGCAGUCAUACAUUAUUGUUGAAAGGACUGUAGAGCGAGAAAAUGUAUCAGAUGAUUUUAAAGCACAUGAACUUAUUCAUUUGGUACUUCUUCAAUACUACAUUGAGCGUCAGUGCUUGCUGAAGUGUACCAGGCAAAUUAUCAUGCACGCUUCAUAUAUGGGAAACAGUGAACCUACGGAAAGUGAUGCCAUUAAGGAUGAGGUAUCAAAGCUAAUUUCUGAUGGACUGGAAAGGAAGUUACUGAACGUCCUCCAAGAUCUGUUAUCCUUCAAGCCUCCUGAGCAUAUGGAAGUUGACCUUGCCUCUUUGUGGGCAGAGGAGACUCUGAUUGAAGAUAAUUUGGUUUUGGACAUUCUUUUCCUAGCUUACUACGAAUCAUUUUGUACUUGUAACAGCGAAAACUGGAAAAGCUUGUGCUCAAUUUACAAGGGAAUGUUAUUGGGGUCGUAUAACUUCGCAAAGCUUGCAAUAUCAGUUGAAGCAAGAAAUUCUCUAUAUCACUCAAAAGUUCAACUACUUCUUAUUCUUAUCGAAACUUUGGAUCUGGAGAAUCUUCUUCAGAUGGUUCAUGACCAAGUGCCUUUCAGGCACGGACAUUUUGUAUUUUCGUUGAUAGAUAUUCAAGAAAUUGAUGGAGUUAUUUCAAGUUUCAAUGCUACUGAGACAGAAGAAGCGGGCCCCUUGAUCCUUGCCUGGGCAGUAUUCCUCUGUCUAGUUUCAUCACUCCCAGAAAAACAAGAAAAUAGCUUUCUUGCGGAGGUGGACCAUGUUGGUUAUGUUAGUCAAGCCUUUGAGGCUGCACCCUUAAAUUACCUCCUUGAGAUUCUUCACAACGACCUCUUGAAGGAUUCAGAUGGUCCUGUUGCUGGAUAUCGAAGUGUGAUGAGAACAUUCAUUUCUGCAUUUAUUGCAGCAUUCGAGAUUAGUCUUCAGUUAGAGGAUGACACCCUCAACUCGAUACUGGAUGUCCUUUGUGGGAUCUAUCGUGGAGAGGAGUCACUUUGCGUUCAAUUUUGGGAUAAAGGAAGUUUUAUCGAUGGUCCAGUUCGGUGCCUUCUUUGCACUCUUGAAGGUGAAUUCCCCUUCCGCAUCGUAGAGACUGUCCGUUUCUUGUCGGCUCUAUGUGAAGGAAGUUGGCCUGCAGAAUGCGUAUACAAUUUUUUGGACAAAUCAGUUGGUAUGUCAUCCUUAUAUAAGGUUCCUGGUGGUACCUCUGCGGAAAAUAUUUCUCAGAUCAUUGAGACACAACAGCCACAGCAUGUUUUCGGGUUUUCGGGUUUGCUAAUUCCUAGUCAAACCCGUGGCCAAGUCCUGAAAGUAAUUGAUGCGAGUACUGCUCUAGUUCGGUGGGAGUACAUGCAAUCUGGAAUGUUUGUCUUGCUCCUGCGUGUGGCCAGAGAGUUUUAUUUGAACAAGUACGAAGAACUAAUUGCUAUUCUUGACCUGCUUUCAAGACUGGUGUCCUUUAACACGGCUGUAUCUAUUGCUUUGAUGAACAUUGACAGUUCAUUACAAAUUCAAGCAGCACGUAAGAAUGGGCAUAUCGAAAAGAGCAUGAGGGUUGAUGUGGUCGAGAUAAUUUGCACUUUGGUCAGAAAUUUGCCUUCUAAUGUUAGCAGUGCAGCAGUGAUGUCCAUGAGUGUUUGUAUCCUUACGAAGUUGUUAAAGUGCUCACCUUCUCAUGUUUUUGCCAUAGUACAGAAGAAAAAUAUUUUUGAUACUGCUCUAAGGGCAAAUAACUUUGGCAUGGGAAGUGACAAUUCAUCAAGUGGCACAUGGCUGCUCUCUGGAGGACUUGCAAGAAUGCUUUUAAUUGACUGUGAGCAGACUGAGGAAUGCUGCCAGUUGACUCUUUCAGUGCUUGAUUUCACAAUGCAGCUUGUGGAAUCAGGAGCGGAGGAUGAUUGUGUGUUGGCUCUUGUUGUGUUCUCUCUUCAAUAUGUUCUUGUAAACCAUGAGAAUUGGAAAUACAAGUUGAAGCAUGUUCGCUGGAAAGUAACGUUGAAGGCACUUGAAGUAUUGAAGAAAUGUAUUACAUUGAUCACAAGUUCACAGAGACUGGGUCCCGUUCUUCGAGAUAUUUUGCUCUGUGACUCAUCCAUUCACAAUACAAUUUGCCGCAUAGUGUGUAUAACCACACAAACCUUAGAAAGAUUAUACGUCAGCCGACUUUAUGAGGUUAAGGAGAUUGAAGGAUUACAAGAUGCAGUGUGCUCUGCGUUAGACGUUUCGUUCACGAUGCUUGCUGCGUUCUCGAAGGACGCUGUAUCCAGCUUGCCAGCCUUCCACCAAGCAAUGUUGUCAUCUACCACCAAACCAAUUCCUGUUGUUACAGCAGCAAUGUCUUUGAUAUCCUACUUCCAUGAACCAAGAAUACAAGUUGGUGCCGCGAGAGUUCUUUCAAUGCUGUGCAUCGUGGCAGAGAAUGAACAACCAUAUUUGUUUGGAAGUGUAUGCCUGGUUUCCGAUGAUGCACAGAUUCGAGAUUUGAGAUACUCUAUUUGUGAGAUCCUCUGUGAGGAAACACCAAGGAAUGAAGAUUUAAUCGUUGCUAUAGUUCAACUAUUAACUUCUGCCGCUCAAUAUCAGCCUGCUUUUCUUGUAUCCAUAAUAUCCACGAAGGAGGAUGCUGAGGUUCAGCGGGAUAGUGACGGCAAUUUGAAACAACUUGAUUCUUCAUCUGGACGAAGCAUUAUAGAUGCACUUAUGCUAUAUUUUAAAAGAUCUGAGGAUCUUAUUUUACGGUGUCCCAAGUUAUUGUUAAGUGUCCUCAAUUUCAUAAAAGUUCUUUGGCAAGGGGCUACACAGUACAUGCAGAUCUUGGAGGUGUUCAAGAACUAUGGAAUGUUUUGGAAACAGUUGUUAUCCUCUGUUUCUGCAUUUGCAACGAACAAAGCUCCUUCACACGAUGAUAUGCCUGAAAGGGAGACAAUGUGUUUGGCAUACACGUACCGGUGUCAUUCUGCUGUAUUUGAAAUUAUGGCGUAUGCCAUGUUCUUGAAGAGAAAAGUACAGCAAGCUGAGCCUCUUACCAAACAGACAUCUGCAUUACCGAAGGAGAUGAUGGAUAGCAUUUUUACCGACACUCUGUUAGCCUGGUUUGGGAGUUCAGUUAUGGGCAACCUGAUAACGUCGUAUGCAUCUUGUGGAUAUGAUAACAAAAUAUUCUUGCAGGCAAAGAUUGCUUCGAGUUUGUUCAUCGUUCAUGUGAUGGAGAAGUUAAUAGGUGGUAAUGGUGGGAGUUUAUCUUUAUCAUUAACUAAAAAGAUUGAAGACAUAUCUAAAAAGUUCUUUGAGCAACCUGCAUUUUCUGAACUGUUAGCUCAGUACUCCUUGCGUGGUUACAGCGAGAGGAAUCAAAUGAAGACAUUGAUUCUGAGUGAUCUGUAUUUUCAUUUACAAGGGGAGCUAGAAGGGCGAGAGAUAAAUCCCGGACCAUUCAAAGAUCUUUCUGAUUUUCUGCUUGGAUUGAAAUUUGUGCAGAACAAUGAUCAGAAGUGCAACAUGGACAUUCUCGCAACUGUUAAUGGUGCAUGCUUCUUUGAUAGUGUGCAUCUACAAGCAGAUUUGGGAUUAGAAAUUUGGGAUCAUUCCGAUUGGAAGGCGUCAAAGGAAAUUGCUGAAAGGAUGUUGCUUUGCAUGAAUGAGGCAAACUCCAUGUUAGCUCUUGCAGGUUCCAAGCUUUCUGCAUUGAAGGCACUGACGAUUAUCAUAUCUAUGCAUGGGGACAAUUUUGCUGAAAGAAAGACAGUAUCAAGUGGCGGGGGAAUUCCAGAGCCUCUCCUUGAAUCGAGCAUAGAACACGUUUGUAAAAGUUUGCUGGGGACUGUGGGAUCGUCAGUUCCAUUUCUGGCUGCAUCUAUGGAUAUCCUUAAUUUCUUUGGAGCACAAGUAAAACUGCUUCUCCAUCUUCUCAGAUUUUUAUCAAGAACUCGUGCAGAAAAACCCAACAAGAAAUUUCCAUUAUCGCUGAGCAUUCUUCUCUUGAAAACCGUUGGUGCUGGCCUUAGGGUCUUGAGUAGCCUAUCAACAACUGUGGGGCUUAGGACACCGAUGAAGCUCUUACUUAUGUUACUGCUUACAUCAGUUAAGUUCUGUUACCCUGGCCCAGAUAUUGAAGAUGAGCCAAGUAUCCAAUCAGCUGAAGCCUCUUCUGAGUUGUCUCUCCUCAGUCUGGGUUUGUUACCAAUUCUUUGCAACAGUAUCGAAACUGCCGAGUAUUGUACCCUCUCCCUAGCUUCUAUGGAUUUGAUAUUAAAAGUUUUCUUAACCCCCAAUACUUGGCUGCCCGUCAUACAGAAACAUCUUAGGUUGCGUAUUGUCAUACAAAAGCUUCUUGAAAAGGAUUCUCAUGGUUCCAUUCCCAUAAUUUUCAAAUUUCUUUUAACCCUUGCAAGAGUUAAAGAAGGUGCUGAGAUGCUUCAAGCCUCUAAUUUUUUCUCAUCUCUGAAGGUGUUAUUUGCUUGGUCAGCAGAGGGGAAACCAUUCCUAAAUAUCCAGGAUGAGUGCCUUCUUUCUACUUCUUCAGACCACGAUGAAAAACACCAGCAUGUCUGGGGACUUGGCUUGGCUGUAGUCACAGCAAUGAUUAAUUCUUUGGGAGAUGGUGCAUGUGUUGAUUUUGUGGAGACUGUGACUCCAUACUUCUCCGAGCAUGCUUAUUUGGUGUUCUAUUAUCUAAAUGCACCAGACUUUCAAUCUGGGGAUCACGAUAAGAAGAGAGCCAGGACCCGGAGGACACAAACUUCUUUAAGUGGUCUAAGAGAAAUGGAGCAAACACUCAUGAUAAUCUGCGUACUUGCGAAACAUCGGAAUAUAUGGGCCAAGACAAUGAAAGAAAAGGAUUCACAGUUAAGAGAAAGAAGUAUUCAUCUUUUAGCUUUUAUUAGCAGGGGACCUCAACGUGUUGGGGAAUUUCCGAAUAAGAUUGCACCUUUGUUAUGCUCUCCAUUAUGCCAGGAGGAGAUUGAGGAAAAUAGAAGGCCUUCAUUCGUUGGCAGCAAGAGCGGAUGGUUUGCAUCUUCACCACCUGCACUUGCAUCACCUCAAAGUAAAGUUUCUGCUCUUCUGAGCUCGUCGUUGGUUUCACUGGCCAAGAAUCCCUCGACAGAAAAUGCAGUAACAAGUCAAACUCGAUUCUCUGAUACUGCUGCUAUUCAGAUUUAUAAAAUAGCGCUUCUUCUUCUGGAAUUUCUCUGUCUUCAAGCUAAGGGAGCUGUUAAAAGGGCACAUGAGGUGGGGUUUAUUGAUCUUGCACAUUUUCCCGAGCUUCCCAUGCCUGAGAUUUUACAUGGGUUACAGGACCAAACGAUUGCAAUCGUUACUGAAAUCUGUCUGGCCAACAAGAAGUCAAAGCAUAUGCUCCCUGGUAUCCAAGAAGGAUGUGUCUUGUUGUUGCAGUUAAUGGAGAAGGCGUUGUUCUUGGAACUAUGUGUUUCACAGAUUUGUGGAAUGAGACCGGUACAGGGUCGUGUUGAAGAUUUCUCAAAGGAAAUCAAAUUGCUGAUAGAAGUGGCUGAGCAGCAUGUUUCACUGACAGCGUCGGUGAAGUCAUUGAUACAGAUCAUAUCUCUUGUGUACCCUGGUUUGUUGCAGACAGAAGGAUUUUUGUGAUCUUUUUAAGUGGUAAUAUAUUAAAAUAGAAAAUGUAUCUUAAUCAUGUGUAAUAAAAUUGAGUGUAACAUAAAAUGUCCCAAGGUUUUGUAUUAUCAAUAUUUCCCCAUCAUUUUUCCUUUGUAAAUAUCUCAAGGAUUUUUUUUUCUUCUUACUGAAACUUAAAUACCCCCUGGGCAUUUUUUUUGGGGAGGAUUCUGAAUUAUAUUCAUGUUUAUAUGUUUGAUCAAGUCAGUUAAACUGAUUGACGAGUUA